CAACGCGGCGCUGCACAGUCACUGACGGGGCUGUUGAGCAGCUACGAUGUGACUCACCAGGACAGAAACCUCACGGGUUUCAUGACUCACCAGGACAGAAACCUCACUGGUUUCAGUUCUUCUGAAAUGAAAGUGUGUCGGGUUCGAGGAGCAGCAGACUCACUUCCUUCCCUCCUCAGCAAUGACGACGACCGGAACCCGGACCGUGGUGUUCUUCGACCUGGAGACCACCGGCUUAGACACGUCGACGUGUGACAUCGUCCAGCUCGCGGCGGUUUGUGGGACCGAGGUUUUCAGCCGCUACGUCCUCCCUGGCCAAGACAUCGACCCCGGGGCCACCAAGGUCACCGGUCUAUCCGUCUCCCCUGAGGGUCAGCUCCUCCUCCGUGGGGUUGCCGUGGCAACGGUUCCCCUCGGUGACGCGCUCGCCUCCUUCCUUCACUUCCUGGGCCAGUUCAACCGCCCCGUGCUGCUGGCGGCCCACAAUGCAAGGCGCUUCGACGCCCCCAUCCUGACCAGAGUGCUGCAGGAACAUGGCCUUCGGGAGCAGUUCCAGGAUCUGGUUUCUGGAUUCCUGGAUACACUCCCACUCAGCCGGAACCUCCACCCGGAUCUGGACCGUAACAACCAGCCUUUUCUGGUCCAGCUCUUCCUGGGGCGGCAGUACGACGCCCAUAAUGCCCUGGAGGACGUCCGGGCUCUGCAGGAGCUGUACCAGGUCUGGAACCCCAACCAGGAAGAUGUCUCCAGAUGUAGCUCCCAGAUCUGAGCGGCACCUCGACGGUCCGUCAGGCUGCUUCAUUCAGCUCAAAUGUAAUGAUCUUACAAGAAUAAAGGUGAAAACGUU